AUGGAUUAUGUGGACAAUGCGCUCCAGAUUGAUUCCUCUCUUCGAGUAAAGGAUAUAUUGGGAGGGGACAGCACCUGGAACAAUGCUGUCAUUGACCAGAUAGAUGUAGAUGAGGUUAGGCAAGGGAUUCUACAGGGCACCCACUUGAUUUCAGGAGAGCCAGACAGGUUGGUUUGGAACGAGUUAAGGCUUCGGUCACCUGAGUGUGGCUAUUCCAGAUGGAUUUGGAACCGGACACUGCCAACAGAAAUUGGUUUCUUCACGUGGCAGAUUUUUAAUGGUGCGGUUCCCACAGACGAAUCGGUGAAGGUUGGUAUUCCGCUGGUGUCGAAGUGCAACUAUUGUCGGAGCCCGAGAUGCGAGUCCACUGAUCAUUGUCUUGCUUUUGGUGGGACUGCUUCAAGGGUGUGGAGCUUUUUCUUAAGAGUCUUUGAUGUUCCUGAUGAGGUAUCACUAGAUGUCAAAAGCCGGAUCUUGCUGUGGCGUGAAUCAGCCAGUUGUAAUAGCCAGGCAGCUUUCAUUGCAGGGCUGCUGCCCUCUUUGAUUGUGUGGGAAAUUUGGAAAGAAAGGUGCAACAAACGGCAUGGGGAACGAAGGAGAUCGGCUCGGGGCGUAAUUGGAAGCAUUAUGGCAUGGGUAACAUGUCUGCCAAUGCCCUCCAACCUUGGCAAUAGGUAUUCGCUGAUGGAACAACAUAUUCUAGCAAUUUUUGGAAUGGCAGCCCCACCAUCUCGGAUUGCUCGGCCUAUCCCGGUUUACUAG